AUGAGUGAGGAGGCUGCUGUUAACAUGAAGGAAGUGGAGCUCAGCGAGAUAGAUCCUGAGAAGCAGCCGAUGACAAGCGACGGUCAGGAGAAAAAUGGAGGCAUUAAACCAGAGGUUCCACAGGCAAGGGCUCCAUUCACCGGCCUGACCAAAGAGGAGCUGAUGAAGGUCGCUGACACUCCAGGGUGAGAGCUGAAAACUUGAAUUUCCUCAGAAUUAUUAAAAAAUGCAAGCUUUUUCUUUUAGCAUAAAACACGCAGUAACUUCAUCUCAUCCCUUGAGUUUAGAUGGGUCCGAACACGUUGGGCGCUCCUCAUCUUGUUCUGGGUGGUCUUGGUGAGCAUGUUAAUCGCAGUCAUUGUCAUCACUCUCAAGGCCCCUCGCUGUAAACCCAUCCCAGAUAUUAACUGGUGGAUUGAAGGACCUCUGUACCAGAUCUCUGAUGUUGAAGCUUUCUCUGAGGGAAUCGAAGGUAGUGUACAUCAGUGAAAAUGUCUUUUAUGGAAAAAAAAAAAUCAAUGCAACUUUUCUUUGCUUUUAUCUUUUUAUAUUCAGGUGAUGACUUAUUUUGUUGUAGACGAUUUGUUUUUGGUAAUUUGUACAGUUUUCAGUGAGAUUAUCUUGACUAAGUCUUAGUUUGGUAACUCUUUCUUCGCUACAAGGAAAAAGUCAUGUGACAAGGUCUUGGGUUUCCUUCAUGGCCUAUUCCAGCAGGCCAGGACCUGAACUAAAAGCUACCUGUCAAACAUGUGAUUUUGUCAACAAGGCUCGAAAAACCUGAAUUGUGUCCUUCCUUAACAAUCCUCCUCAGAUUUUAGCUGAAGGUUGAGCAGCCCUAAGCAGCAAAACACGUCUUUAUUCAAUUAUUGAGAGGGAGGGAAGGUCACACAGUCAAAUAUAUGACUUUUUUUUCAUGUUUUGAUCUGUACUGUAAAAGUUUUGAGGCCAUCGUAGUGCUGUUUUUAAAGUGAAUCAGUAGGGAGCACUCGGGUUUGAAACAGGCCUUGGGCAGAAUUCCAGCACCAUGAAGUACUUGAAUACUCUAAUACUCUGAACCAGACAGAACAUGUAAGACUGUAACUGAUUACUGGCUAAUUUCAUGUCAGCUGUGAGCAAAGCCUUGCUAUUUUUCAUACAUCAACUCUCUGUCAUUUCCUCCCCAAAUGUCAGAAUUUACGCUGACACGUGUAACCCUCCUUUCUUGUAAAAACUGGUUUCUAGGUGUUGAAGCAAAGUUGGAUGAGAUCAGUCGACUCAGGGUGAAAGGCCUGGUUCUGGGUCCAUUUCACACCCUCCAGGACGACCAGCCCAACACCCUGAAUCUUGAGGAGAUCGAUCCAGCCUACGGCACAGAGAGUGGUCUGACAAAUGUGCUGAAUAAAGCCCACAAGAAAGGUAAGUCAUCGCCUUAACUCUGUUAUUCAAGCGUACUUCUCCUAUUUUAUAGAUUUUUUUGGACAUCUAAAGACCAGAUACCGUGCUCAUACGGCUUCCCCCAUGCCUUAUCUCAUAGGUAUUUCUGUGGUGCUUGAUCUGACUCCCAACUACCGAGGAGAGGAUUCUUGGUUCAGUUCUAGUGUUGAAAAUGAAUUGAUGAACAGAGUUAAGGUAAAACUCAUAAAUUCUAUUGUAUAAUCUGUCAAUCUCCAUCUCAAAUGCUUGAGUGUCUGUUGUAUCUUAUGUGCUCAUGUUGUUUUCCAGGCUGCUGCAGAGUACUGGCUACAGUUUGGUUUUGAUGGCAUCAAGAUAUCUGACUUCAAUGUGGCGUCAAGUUCUAUUGAGUGGUUGGAGCUGCAGGCUGCUGUCCAGGGCAACCGCACUGACGACACAAAGAAAAAGUAACUUUGGCUGCUGUUUUCUGUCUGCUUAUUAUUUGGGAUUAGAUGACAGUCUGUGCAGUAGGAUCAUAGACUGUAUAUACUAUGGACAACUUGGUUCCACCUUCCGCCAGUAUACACAUUUGAAGCCAAAAAGCUCUCUGUAAUUCCACGUUUUUUCUUCACUUCCUGAAACCAACAAAGAAGUUUGUGGAGGUGUGGCUUUACAUACAUACUUACUGUUAAAAGGUAUGUGAAUUUAUCUGAGACUGUCAGCGAGGAGGCAGAUGCUGUCCAUUCUAUAUACAGUCUAUGAGUAGGACUAAAGGAUAAUGCUGUGUUCGAGUUACCUCAGAAGUCAGAUGUUGGAGCUGAAAAUGACGUCCCACCCGAGCUCCCAGCGUUUCAGAUACAGAGUCAGAAAACAGCAAAAUCGCAGGCCUGAAACAAGAUGGCCUCAUCUACGGAAGUUAAUUUAGCACUUACCUUAUAUUCGGACAAGGCAAGUGUUAAAAUAACUUUCGUAGAUGUUGCUGUUAGAUGUUUAUGCUAAGGCAGGUGGAGCAGUAGCAAAGACCUAAGGGUCAGAACAUAACAGGCAUCAGUGACAAUAAAUAUGACGCUGGUAAAAUCAGUCUCAGACGGAGGUGCAAAGAAGUUUGUGGAGGUGUGGCUUUACAUACAUACUUACUGUAAAAGGUAUGUGAAUUUAUCUGAGGCUGUCAGCUGACAUGGGCUAGAGUUGGGGUAAUUGAAGUACUGUGGGUUGAAAAACAAACAAAUGCUAUGCUCAAUUUUAGAAACUGGUGGAGUUUGAUUUUACAUGUACUCGUGUUUACUCAAGAUUGAAAGGCUCAAAGUGAUAAUUCGAGAUGCAGAGUCACCGAACCAGAAUUUCUGUCAACACCUUCAGCAGCUAUAAGCUAUAUGUUUAUUUGACUCUCAUAGACUUUUCCUCUACACCAUGAUUUAACUGACAGUGUCCUCUUUCUCUCAGAGCUCUGAUUGGUGUAGUUACGAGCGUUUCAGCUGAAGAUGUCAAUCAGCUUAUAAACACCACUGGUGUAGAUCUACUCCUGUCAGACCUGCUCGACAAAAGUGGAGGUAAGCUGGAAUUUCCUUGUUCCAACUAACCUACGUGUGUGUUAAAAGCUCAUUUUAAUUCUUGAUUCUGUUUUGGAGUGAGAGCAACAUUGAAAUGAAUUAAAAUAAUGACCUAAUAGUGCAAAACAGGGAAUUUCUGGUGAUAUUUUUCCUUUAAAAUGCGCAGGUAAGGAGCGAAUCAAGGCCAUGGACAUCCUCAGCUCUAUGCAAGGAAGCGUAGGCUGGGGUCUUGGUGCUGCUCAGAACAACCAGCUGUCAAAAUCUACAAGUCUGAUCCGUCUCUACCAACUUUUGCUGUUCACCAUGCCAGGAACUCCAGUGUUUACCUACGGGGAUGAGAUUGGUCUAAAUACACAGGCAAGCAGGAAAAAAAACAAAACAUAGUAGCAUAUGUUUUGAAAACCUUUUCAGGGUGUAACUUCAUGAGUCUGUUUCUUUUUUCCUCAGGGGGCAGCGUCUCCUAAAAUGAUUUGGGACAUAGAGAAGAAACUCCUUGAACUUGCUGAUGCUGUUAAUGAGACUGCUGAGGUAGGAGUGCUUUCAAAAUAAAUGUCCAAAUAAGGUUAUCCAAAUCUUAUCAUUUCAGUGUCUUAAUAAAAAUCUGUAACUCUCCCAGGCUGAGUGGAAGGAGCAUGUUACCAUAAAGAAGUGGUUUAAAUCCCUCAGCGACCUUCGUGGCAAAGAGCGCUCUCUUCUCCACGGCGAUUACUACUCUCUCUACUCCGCCGACUCCUCCAUAGCUUUCCUACGCAUAUGGGACCAGAGCGACAGAUACAUAACAGCUGUCAACUGGGGAACAACACCUGAAAAGCUCACAUUUACUCUCACACCUACAGGUAAGUUAAUCUCUGAAUAAAACAUGUAACAUUGGCAUUUACAGCUGUAUUUUGUCUAAUACUGUGACCUUUGUUUCUGCAGAAGGAGUAGAGCUGCCAGAGAAAGCAAAGGUGCAGUUGUCGACUGAUGAAAACUUGAAGGUGGACUCCAGCGUCAGCCUGGACAGCAUCACUUUAGGACCAGGGCAAGCUGUACUGCUGCAGUUUCCCUAUAUAGGCUGAGGGUGGCGCCAAAUUACAGAUGGGCUAUCCAGAAAUUAGAGCCGAUUAAGAAUAAAACUAAAGUUAGUGAUGAGAAGAAAGAUGACAAAAGGAACAGGGUGGGUCUUUUCUUUUCC